ACGGCUCGUCGCUACGGCGCGGUACGAUGAUGACUACAUACUUGGAGUAUUUUCUGCGAAUGUACGAAGUGAUAAUGGAUGAGAAGAGUUGGAAAUUGGCGGGUUCGAAAUGAUGGAGGGAGGCUGGGCGCUGGCGAUUCGGGAUAGCCGCCCGAAGGCGAGCGUGCGUGCACUAAUACCGAGCCCAUGCCAGUCGACGCUGCUGUCGACGCCCACGCCCACUGACAUUCCUUCACCACUGUACAGCACGCUGUAGCACAUAACCCAGCCUGGCGUCGCCGAUGAUCCGCACUGGAGGGUCGUCGCCGCGGUCGCCGGUGCCGCCGUCUGCGUUUCCGACGACGCUGCAGCCGACGGCAUCGCGAGAGAGCAGCAGCGCGGGCGGGGGGAGCGAGGGCGCGGGGGCGGGGGUUGUGCACCGGCGGGGGUCGCGGACGGAGAUGGACUUUGAGCAGGCGCUGCGCGGGGGCGGGACGGUCCUCAUCCGCGAGGGCUUGGACAUGAACGCACUCGGCCACGACCCCGCCUCGACCCCGUCGCCGCUGCACCCCGCACACUCCUCCCUCCGCUCGACCCCCGUCAUUCAGCCCUCGACGCCGACCAUCGUGCCCCCGACGCCGACCCCCACCCCAGGCGCCGGCGCGAAGAACAGGCCCUCGUCGCCGUCUGUAUCAUCAUCGUCAAACGAUCUCUUCUUCGACGCGGAGGACGCUGAGCAUCAGACCCGGCGGCGGUCCAUGUAUCGCUCGCCGGGCACGGCCAGCAGCCCCGACCUCGCUACCCUCGUCCGCAAGGCGAAGCAGCGCGGCGGCGUCCUCCAGUCCCACUUCCUCGACCGCAUCCGCCACGAACCGCCCCCGCCGCUCCCCACGAGUCCACACACUCCCCUCCAGAAGACGCCGUCGACGUCGACCAUGGCCGAGUCCAUCAACACGACCGCCGAGUGGGUCCUGACCAGCCCGAAGAGCGGUGCCGACUCUGGCACCGUCAAGGGCGCCAAGUCUUCCGUGCGCGCAAAGACCAGCGCCUUCUUGGGCAAGAUGCUCGGGCAGGGCAGUGUCAGGGAACGCUCGAAAACGGACGCCGCCUAUUCCCCGCCCGAGUUCUUCGCGACUGCCCCGCCCGUCCCCCCACUGCCCAAGAGCGUCCGGUCAUCCGCCAUAUCACCCGUCGCUGACGUCUUCGCCAAUCCCGCACCAUCGCCCGUCGCUACUCAUUCUACCUCUUCCUCCGCUAACAAACCCCUCCCGCCCAUCAACCGCGACGACGACAAGAGCGACAAGGGCGUCAACUUCGAUGACCAGUCGCUCGUCGUCGUCGAACGCUCCCCACGCGCGCGCACGCGGUCACGAUCCCCGGACAAGACGGUCAGGUACAGGUCGGACACCAUCGUCAAGCUCCAAGGCCACAACAAGCGGCGGAGCAUGAGCGUCGGAGAGAUCGAGCUCAAAAAGGCGAUGUCCGCAUCGUCGUCCACCACUCCGCUCCCAGCGAAGGACGCCAAGGCGUACGACUUGCCUCUGUGGGACUCGAGCAUGCACGGAAUCCUGUCCGACCUCGAGGGCCAGCUCUCCCAACUGGACCCCAUCUCCGCCAACCCCCUCGACCUCCACGUUCCCUCCACGCCGCCGAAACGCCCCGCCCAGGCGCGGGCCCGCGCCGCCGACGACCACCACAUUCCUUCCACCCUGCGCCCCGGCGUGCGCGCAACGUCCCAGCAGCACACAUCGCCUGCGUCCACCCCUUUGCACCAAUACUCGCUUACGCCCAUUUCCGCCGUCAUCCCCCCGCGCAUGUCGUCCCUCACCACGCCCAACCGUGGGCGGUCAGGGUCCAAUCCCCGAGGGCUGGGCCCCCGCAAUCUCUCCUCCUCGUCAAACUUGAGCUCGUCGGGCGCUCAUGCGCACACAUCCUCACGCGACUCGUCCCGCCUUUGGGUGCAGCCGCGCGGGACGGCCUUCAGUUCAGAGCCCUCCCUCAUUCCCUCCAAAGAUGUGUCCGCGCCACUCUCCGCCGUAUCCCAGCAGGACCUCACGUCUGGGACAUUGGGCCUCCGCCGCUUUCCGUCGGCCGCUACCAGCGAAGACAUGGGCGACAUCGAGGCCAAGGGCAAGGAGCGCGCUGCUCGCUGCUGGGAAGAGGACGAGGACUUUUUGGCGAAGGAGAAGAUUGCCGAAUGGUUGGGCGGCGUGUGCGUCAUGUCCCUUUGUGUCAUAGCGCGCCGUCUGUUCACUCGCAGGGGUCACGUCAAUAAAGCCGCUCUGCACCACUACAUCGACUAUUUCGAUUUCUCGGGGCUGAGACUCGAUUUGGCGUUUAGGCGAGUACGCCUGUGUGCCAAGCUAUAUCUCAAGGCGGAGACCCAACAGGUGGAUCGCAUCCUCGAGGAGUUCUCGAGACGAUACUGGGACUGCAAUCCCGGCAGUCUUUUUGGCACCGUCGGCGUCGUCCACGCGGUGUCGUACUCGCUCCUCCUUCUCAACACCGAUCUGCACGUCGCUGAGCUGUCGACGCGGAUGUCCAAAGGGCAAUUCGCCCGGAACACGCUCGCCGCCAUCCAGAUCCAGCUCCGGCCGGACCGGUCGCAGCAGGGUUCGACGUCAGAUCUGACGUAUGAUGACAGCAGCAGCGUGCGCGGGGCGUCGGAGGGCAGCGACGUCGGCACGAGCACGCUCCGCACGCGCUCGAAGCGGAGCGACAGCAUCACGAGCUGGAACAGCAUCACGCGCGAGGCGGUCAUCUCGAACCUCGGCACGUCGCUCGUCGGCUCCGCGGGCGCGCAUUAUGCGAGCGCGAACGGGAGCAGCAGCAGGGCGGGGAGCACGAACCAGCUGACGAACGACAGCACGGCGUCGGUGUCGAAUACGUCGAACGCGGAGUCCAAGACGCCCAGCACGCUCGUCUCGUCGGUCGUGUACGACCGCAACUGGGAGAACGACAUGGAGAGCUUGCUCAAGGACAUGUACACCGCCAUCAAGAACCAGCAGGUCCUGCAGCCGCUCGGCAGCUUGGCGCGGGCGUCAACGUCUUCACCUGCGAACGGGCACGUGUCGCGCAAUCGCAGUUUGCGCACGCAGCCGGACCGCCUGACGACGCUCAAGCGCGGCAGCAUUCGCGGGCUGCAAUCGAUCCUCGGCGCGCAGCAGCAAGGCGCGAGCCCGUACAGCAGCAACAGCAGCAUCGACGGCCGCGCAAGCCCGUCGCCCAGCUUCGCGACAUCCACGCAUGAGGGCAUGCAUGGGUCGACAUUGGCGUUCCUCACGCCGACGCUGGGGUUCGCCUCGAAUUUGUCGCAUACCAUCAUCCGCGAGGCGCAGGAAGACGACGAUCGGAGCCACGAUAGCCACGAUUCCGAGUCGACGACGAUCAGCAUCACGGACGAGGAGCUGGCGCUCUUGGGCCCGCCGUGGGCGAAGGAGGGCAUGCUCUGCCGCAAGCAGUACAACGAGUCCCUGGGCAAGCGGGCCAAGUCCAAGACGUGGAUGGACGUGUUCGUCGUCAUACAGAAGGGCGAGCUGAGCAUGUUCACGUUUGGCGAUCACGCUGCCGGCGGAAACGGCGUCGUGGGCGGAGGUAACUGGCUUGAAAACGCGCAGAUGGUGGGCACGGUCAACCUCGCUCACUCGCUCUCGCACGCGCUGCCUCCCCCCGGCUACAACCGCCAACGCCCGCAUUGCAUGGUGCUGACCCUGUCUCAAGGCGCGGUGUACUUCUUCCAAGCCGGCACGGAGGAGCUCGUCAACGAAUGGGUGUCGACGUGCAACUACUGGGCCGCGCGCCAGAGCAAGGAGCCGCUCACGGGGGGCGUGUCGAACAUGGAAUACGGCUGGAACCGCGUCAACGAGUCGCUUGCGCACGGCCGCUCCGUAUCGGACGACGAGUCGAUGCGCAUGGCGGACCUCGCGGACAACAUGAGUGUGCGGAGCGGGCGGAGCAGCCGCAGCAAGUUCGGGCGGAAGGACGGGUCCGCGACGGUGCGCCUGGGGAACUCACCAUGGGCGGACCGGACGUUCAUCAACGACUGGAAGCCACCAAACCCGCCGUCCGUGGCUAGCACGCACGACGAGGAGACGCAGCUCGACGCGCUGCGGAAGCACGUCACGUCGCUUACCACGGACCUGCAGCGGCACAACGAGCUGCGUGCUCCGAUGAUGGCAUUGUACCCCGCGCGAUCAGCCAACGCUGCAAAGGCGCUCAGUAACUGGGAGCACAAGUCGCAGCACGUGCUAGCCGAGAUCGUGAAGUACGAGUCGUACAUCGACUCACUGCAGUCCGCGAUGGCACUCCGCCUGAAGAAGCGGGGAGAGAAGGCGCUCGAGCGCGCCCUGCACGGAGACGACGGCGCGUACGAAGGGUCCAAAGGCAAAAAGUGGAAGGGCCAUCCGGAUGCGGAGACCAUCAUGGAAGGGGACGAGCCGCCGUCAAGCGGCGGCGGCGGCUUGCACUCGCGGUCGCGGACGCAGACGCAGCUGCGGCAUCGAAGAGAGGUCGCCGAGGCGUACGAGGACGCGGAAGACUAGGCUAAGCUAAGCUGUUCGCUGUGUGUUGUGUGUAUGUAUUGUGCAAAGGACCAUCGUCGGUUACAUGCUGUAUACUGGGACUCCCUACGUACGAUGUUGCGAUCUCGAGUGCGCGUGCUUUUUUUUUUGCUUAUUUGCAGCGGCCUGUGCGUGCAUGGGCCUAGUUCACCUUACCGUCGUUAUACCUCCCAUUCUCCAUCUGGAUGUCGCUCCUGGAUCUAUAUACCACUUAGUGAUCGACAUGGCAGCGUGCAUGUAUCAUAUUUAUUUUCUUUUUCUGGUGCUCUGAUAUCUG